AUGCCUUCGUCUGCGGGAUCACCUCCGUCAACAUCACAAUCAACAUCAUUCCUUAUAUUAUCGCCUCAGUCACCAGGCAGUGUAUACGACAAUCAUCAAGGCAAGACAAAGAUGCAUAAUGGCAUUGGAUCAAACAGGAUAAAGAUGAGUGGUAUACUACUGCCAUCAUCGUCAACAUCAACAUCAUCAGUAUCAGCACCAACAACACCAACACCAACACCAACACCUCCAGUACUGGUACCAACAAUUGGUACACCUGUCACUCAAACAACAUCAUCAUCAUCAUCGUCAUGGGUCAAGUCGAAUCCAAACAGUACUCAAUCAGGUCAGAGCUCAUCACCAACUCACCUACAACAACAACAACAACAUCCACCAGUUACAAGACGCCAGACAACAUCAUCACUCACACGAUCAUUAUCGUCACUCUUUUCAUCAUCAUCCAACAAAUCAAAGCACAGCCCUCCCGGCAGCGGCAGUCCGUCUGGCCUGCAGCCACCAUCCAAACACUCACGUCACACAUCGGACUCGAUCGACCUGUCGGCCAAGCCGCUGCCGCCACUGCCUUCGGCAUCGGGCCACCGCGACCCCAGCGCCUCACCCUCGUUCCUGAUACCCCUGUCGCAGAUCAAGCAGCAGUUCAACAAUCAUCAGCCCAAGCCCAACAUCUGCUGGGACGCCAGCGGCCAUCUGCGCAUCGAGUUGGAGAUCCGGGAGGACUCGACCACGUUCGACCUAAUCGUCACCUACAUGUACAAGGGCAAGCUGGACAUCAACGAUGACAACUGCGUCAGCAUACUCUUUUACGCCAAUCACUUCUUGAUACACUCGCUCAAGAAGUUGGUAUCGGACUACAUAGUCGAACACAUCACCAGCACCAAUGUCACCACAUGGCUUGACAAGGCCAUCGAGUUCAACACAACAGAGCUUAUUCCUCGAUGUAUCUUUGUCAUUGCACGUAACUUUAAUCAGAUCGUAGAGAAUGAGCUUGUUGUUCCUGCGAGCAAGCCGACAUCAUCAUCAUCAAAGACUGGAUCAACGACAUCAAUUACAUCGACAUCGAAUGCAUCGACUGCGACAAUGACAACGACAGCAACAUCAACACCAUCAGUGACGACGACCGCGACUACGACCAAGUCAAACACAAACACAUUCUCAUUCCUUCCAUUCGACAUGUUCCUUCAGAUACUGGAGCAUCCUUCACUCUCUGUCUUCUCAGAGUUCAAUGUGUAUCUUGCCAUCUGCUCGUACGUGGACUCCAAGUCGGACCUCUUGUCAUCGCAGCAGAUUGAGCAGUUGUUUGAGAAGGUUCGCUUCCCCUACCUAAGCUACGCCGAGUUCCUGCAGGUCAUACAGAACCCGCUAGUGCCGCAGGACCUGCUCACAGACGGCCUGAUGAUCCGUCUGGGCAACUUUGAGUGUCCGGGCUCGGCGACGCUGCAGAAGCGGCUGUCCGACCCACGCUUCAUGAAGCGCAAGAUCCCCGGACGUCUGUUUGACUAUGUUCACGACUAUGACAGCAAGGGCGUACUCUACUACUUUGGCACCAACGGCUACACGACCGAGUGGACCAACCCAGCCCUGACACCAACAGCCGACAAUCCUCGCGUCAAGAUCACCGCGUCGCCCAUGGAGAAGGGUGCGCCCAGUGACAUUGCCGACUUGAAGCCAACCGAGUGCUGGACCAAGGACGUGCCAUCGAGCUGGUUCUGCAUUGACCUGGGUGGCAGCAACAUGCUCAUCCCAAGGUAUUACACAUUGCGACAUGGUGGAAACUCCAAACAGGACUGUCUCCGCAACUGGGUACUUCAAGGCUCAGAGGAUUCACACGACUGGUUCAACAUUGCACGAUACCAAAAUGAUCUGGCACUCAAUUCCAACUAUGUAUCACACACCUGGUCUGUCCAAUGUUCAUCACCAUAUAGGUAUUUCAGGAUAUUACAAACAGGACACAAUAGUACCAGCCAUAACUUUCUGUCUUUAAGUGGAGUGGAGUUUUAUGGAGAGUUGAUCCAGAAUUUAGAUAAUAGGAAGUAA